AUGGAUUUUGCUAAUCAGUGCUUUUUCCAGUCAACUGCAACCUCCAACAAUCACAAGAACGGAUCCACGAAAUCAACGACAUCUGCUGCCGGCGUAAGGCAGGCUGAGGAGGAAGAGAUUGCUGCAACAGUGUACGCUUGGAGCGGAACAUCACUAUCAAAGACAGCCGAAGGCCUCUUGUAUCUCGCAACUAUUGGCAGUCCUUCAGAGAAGAUUGUGAAUAAGGAGAAGGAAGGCUACUCGGGUGUCUCGAAUACUCGGGCUCAAUGCCAUAUUCUGCUCCACUAUACCUUGGAAAGUACGCGCCUCAACAGUAGGUCUCUACGAUACAAGUCUCGACUGUCAAUUGCAAACGAUAGCCCUUGGCACGCUUAUUGUACUCCGCAAUUGAGAGUCACAUCUAGAAUUGAGUGCACAAUAAGAGCGGUUGUGCCACUGGCUUUUGAUAGAAGUGCGCCAAAGUUGGUACAGGCGUACAUGCUCCGUUUCGAUUCCACAACUAAACUACGUGGCAGUGAUUCUAACAGCUUUAUAGGUGUUUUUGAUAUCACAUCACUACUUGCAGAUAGCCAACACAACAACACCCGAAGUCUUGUGCCUCCGCAAAUCCACAGGGAUGCAUCAUCAAUACCUAAAUUAUGCUCCCUCAGCAAGUCCCAACAGUAUACCGAAGGAUCGCCGUUGACUUCAAAAUACGAGCCCACCAUGCUACUGUUAUGUGUUUACAAAGCGGAAGAUGGUCAUAAUGAUUAA